AGAGGGCAGCAAUACGCCGGUGAUGCGUUUUCUGCCUAAGCAAAGAAGGAGAAGAAGAAGAACACGCAACUACCGUACUAGAGAGGAGCUUCUAUCAUCGCCAUGGGAACGCUGAACAACAUCCCUUUCUUCAACACACCUGGACGGUCUCCGAACAACUAACUAAACUAGGGCACAGUUGUCUCUUGUUUGGUCACACGUCCUUGUUAUGGUUCGCCAAACUGGGCUAACGUGAACUGAGCUACUUCUUGACGUAGAGAAGGCCACACGUCACCGUAUUCAUGGCCGUUUCAAUUGAGGAGGUUUCUUCGUCGCUUGUGCGGGAAUAUCUGAAUCGAAAGGGACUCAAGCGGACCAUUGCCUGUAUGGACGAGGAGCAUCCACGAACAGAGGCCAGCAUCAACAACAGAUCCCUCUUAAGGCAGAUUCUCAACUUGGAGGGUCUCUAUAGAAAGAACAAGGUUGAGAGCUUCCCCUUGAAAACAUUAUUGGAGAUAAUUGUAAAGUAUCACAUCAAUGGCCAUAAGAAUGACAAAAGGACCGGCAAUGAAAGUGACCCCUUGCACUCUCCUCAAUCUGUCUGUUUGAUUGAUGAUUCUACGACAGCGACACCAGCAGGGAUGACUGACUCAAAGUCUGAUCAAAAAGAUAUAUAUCCAUCCUCUUUGUCCGAGACAGAUGUACUGUCAAGUCCUUCUCCAACGGGUUUCCAGGCUUACGAGUCAGAUGACAAACAAAUCCAGCCACUGUUGUCCUCCGCCCAGGACAAUGAGGGCAUGAUGAAAAGAGAGCCAGAAAAAAGGACUUCCACUGCCGAGAGCACCCAGAGGAGCAGAAAUAAUCGAAUCAGACGUGGUAUGAUGGCUGGACCAGUAGCUAGCACAUCACAGGAAUUAAACAACAAAAGGAAGAAUCGAGGGCAAGAAGUGCCGAAGCUGAUCCUGAGAAAAGGAGAAGAAAGCGAUCAUCUUAGAAAUCGAGCUGCUGGGAAAGGCUUAUAUCAAAAAGGCUUAGAGGGGGGCCUCUCUGAAAUCAGCCCAGCUGACUCUGUAUUCGGGCAACAAGAGUUUCCAAGUAUGCCAGAGAGUUUGCAGAGGGAACACAGCUUUGAAAAAUUGGGGGAAGAAAUACAGAUGGCUAGAAGAGUCAAGUCUCUACCCAGGACAACUGUGGCUAAUUUGGAUGUGCCUGAGAUGGUUUUAGAUGACGUUGAUGAUGAUGACAAUACACAAGAGCUCUCCAAAGUGUCCUUUCAAAGAGCCAUCACAGAGCACAGCUCCUCCUCCUGCCCCAUGGAUCAGCACACUGCAAUGGAAUUAAAAGUGGUUCUUCUUGGAUCCAGCCGAAAUUGUUUCAAUGUUGAGUGGAGGAAUCAGGGUUUCACAUUCUCAGAAACGCAUGACCUGAGAUAUGGAAUUGUGCAGAAAAAGGGUGGCCCAUGUGGUGUUCUGGCAUCUGUCCAAGCUUUUGUUUUAAAGAAACUGCUAUUUGAAAACAUCAAACGCAGUGAUGCAGAUCUUCAGAAGUUAAGACCGUCCAACACUACCAGAAGAAAGUGUCUCAUUUCAGCUGUGGCCGAAAUCCUGUGGAGGGCCGGUGAGGAAAAACAAGCCAAACUUGCGAUAAAUUCUGGAAGAAACCAUUUUACUCCAUGUGGACAAUACAAAUCUGAAGGGGUGCUUGAGAAGAUAACCUGUUUCACGGUCGAUAACUCUAAGGACCUGCAGUUGCUCCUGGAGCAGCAUAUCGAGCAGUUUGAGACUGGGCAGUUAGGAUGCCUGCUGCUGACCAUUUCUGCUGUUCUAACUCGAUCUAUUGAAAAAGUAACGGAGGAUAUGGACGUGCCCACCACUACACUCAUCGGGGCCCAUGGUUACUGCACACAGGAGCUGGUCAACCUGUUGCUCUGCGGCAGAGCCGUUUCUAAUGUCUUUGACAAUGACAUGGAGUUGGACUCUGGUAACGGCAACAUGACUCUACUCAAGGGGAUCAAAGACCACUGUGAUGUCGGCCUGCUGUCCUUGUUUGAACAUUAUAACAUCUUAAAGGUGGGAGCUUACCUCAAGACUCCCCUUUACCCCAUCUGGGUGGUGUGCAGUGAAAGCCACUUCAGUGUGCUGUUUGGCCUCCAGAGGGAGCUGUUGACCUACCAGGACAAAGGCCUGGAGUUUGACCUCUACUAUUAUGAUGGCCUGGCCAAUCAACACGAGGAGAUCCGCCUUACUGUUUCUGUCGGUAAUUGGGUUCCAAGCUCUCAAACUGUCGACACUGACCUCAUUCCUCCAAUGGAGCUCUGUAUUCGAACAAGGUGGAAAGAUGCAUUUGUGAAUUGGAAUGACACGGAACCGAUUCUCUGACCUCUCACAUGGCUUAAUGGAAAGGAGCAACGAUUGACAAGAAUCAUUUUAUGUGCAUCAUUUGGUGCAAGAUGCAUUUACAACCACAGUGGCCUUUUAUCCAUAUUUUACUCUAAAUUAUUUUAAUUUCUCUUCUCAUUAGAAAUGAAUAUAAUAUUAAACUUUAAACAUGUCUUAGCUAAGUGUUACCUUCA